AUGGCAAGUAGUGGCGCACGACACUCUGAAUCUGGAGGAAAGAUGCGUAUUAAAAGCUUUCCGGUAUCCCUCAAUGAACAGCACAUCAAUCAGACCUGGGAAAAAUUAAGAAAGGCGAUUUUAGAAAUUCAAAAAAUGAACAACAGCGGCUUAAGCUUCGAAGAACUUUAUAGAAACGCUUACACGCUUGUUUUACAAAAACACGGGGAUCUCCUAUAUAAUGGGACUAAACAAGUUGUAAUGCAGCAUAUGAUACGCAUACGAGACUCUGUUGUCGAGAAUUUAAAUAACAAAUUCCUCUCGUACUUGAACAGCUGCUGGAAAGAUCAUCAAACCGCCAUGCCAAUGAUCCGUGAUAUUCUUCUUUAUAUGGACCGAAUCUACGUAACUCAAAAGAAAUUGGACAACGUUUAUAAGAUGGGGAUGGUCAUGUUUUGCCAGUAUGUUGUUCGCUACACUGUGAUCAGAGACAACUUACAGAAGACCCUACUUGAUAUGGUCAAGCGAGAGCGCCAAGGGGAGGUGAUUUUUAGGCAGCAGAUACGUGACGCUUGUCAAAUGCUUGUUCAGCUGGGAGUUGGCUCUUUGGAUGUAUACGAAGAGGAUUUUGAACAGCCUUUUCUACGACAGACGAGGGACUUUUAUCGGGCUGAAAGUGAAGCCUUCCUAGCUAAGAAUCCUUCCGCGAUCCUUUACAUAAACAAGGUGGAGCAUCGUAUAGAGGAGGAAGUGUCUCGUGUGUAUCAUUAUCUCGAUCCAUCUACAGGACCAAAAUUGGUAGAAGUACUUGAACAGGAAUUAAUUAGUCGCCAUAUUCACACGAUUGUAAACAUGGAAAAUUCCGGCCUCACCUACCUUCUAGCAAAUGAGCUCUAUGAUGAUAUAAAAAAUAUGCAUAAUGUCCUUUCGCGUGUACCCGAAGGCCCUAAGGCUAUGAGUCAGUGUAUUAGCAAUUUCAUCCGUGAACGUGGACAAAACAUUGUUCGUGAUACAGGUAGCACCAAUCCACUACAAUACAUCCAGGAUCUGCUUCAGCUCCGCAGCCGCUCUGAUGAUAUUCUUAAGGCUCUUAAUCAGCAAACAAUUUUCCGCAACCAACUAAAUUCUGACUUUGAAUUCUUCAUCAAUAAAAAUCCCAAGUCUGCAGAGUUUCUCUCUUUGUUUAUCGAUGAGAAGUUGAGACGGGGCUUUAAGGGUAUGAGCGAUCACGAUGUGGAUACCGUCUUCGAUCAAUGUACCGUUCUCUUCCGUUAUCUACAGGAAAAGGAUAUAUUUGAGCGAUACUACAAGCAACACUUAGCUAAACGCCUGCUUUUAAGCAAGUGCCAAUCUGAUGACCAGGAAAAGAGCAUGAUUGCCAAGCUGAUGGCUGAAUGUGGUGGCGUGUUUACUAGUAAACUCGAGGGAAUGUUCAAAGACAUGACUGUUUCAAAGACUCUCAUGGAGGAAUUUAUGCAGACGGUGACUGGUUCGCCGCUGAACCUGGACUUGUAUGUGCGUGUGCUGACUAUCGGCCUGUGGCCAACCCAGACCACCAGUCCCCGUGUCUCCCUACCUUCGGACGCUGUGGAUGCUUUCAAUGCCUACUCAAACUUCUACCUGAGCAAGCACAGCGGCCGAAAGAUCAGUCUCCACUCUAACCUCGGCCACGCCGAGCUAUUGGGCAUAUUCACUGGACCGACCUCGGGCGACGACACCCCAGGUCAUCUCGAUGUGGGCGGAGCUACACUGCGCGUUUCGAACUCGGGGACGAGCUCUGGUUCAGCGGCACCGUCGUCCUCGUCGGGUGGAGCCGGCGGACUGCCUGGAAGUCCUGGCGUCUCUGAGCCCCUCGACAACGCCGCGACCUCCGCACCAGGCAAUGCCUAUACUCGAAAGUACAUUCUCCAGCUUGGGAACCCUGUGACAUGCAAUGCUUUCCCUUUGGCCUUCCAGGUAUCCACCUUCCAGAUGGUCAUUCUGAUGCUCUUCAAUCAGCGCAACCGGUUCACCCUGACAGAAUUGAUCGCUGAGACGGGUAUUCCAGAACGCGAUCUCGUUCGCAGUUUAAUGGCCCUCUUCAUGAGCAGGUCAACUCAACGUAUUCUCUGCAAGGAGCCCAAAACGAAGGAAGUCGAACCGACUGACGUCUUUUACGUGCAGAACAUUUCAGUGCGCGAAAGUGAGCCAGAGCGGCAGGAGACGCGCACACGCGUGGACGAGAACCGUCGGUAUGUGAUCGAGGCGACCAUCGUGCGCGUAAUGAAAACGCGCAAGACCCUCGAGCACAACCAACUUCUCGCCGAAGUCAUUGAGCACCUCAAAUCGCGUUUCCGCCCCACCCCAAUGGCCAUUAAACAGCGCAUCGAGGCCCUCAUCGAUCGCGAAUUCAUCGCUCGUUCGGACACCGACCGAAAAGUGUACAAAUACCUCGCCUGA